AAGACGAAGAAACUGGAGAAGAGAGAUCGACGAGUUCUGAGAGAAUGACCAUGGUUAAGGUGGAAGAUGAGCCACGAGCUCCCGUCGAAGGUGGAUGUGGUCACGACGAGAAGGAUGAGAUCUGCGCCGGAUCUGUCGCCGGAGAAGGUGGAUAUUCAGCUGAGAAGCCAAUUCAUGAAUCUAGGUCCAUGGAAGCUCCUUCCUCCGAGCCAAAUGUUUCAACGAUCCGUCCUAAUCAACUUACUAUCUUCUUUGGUGGGAAAGUUCGCGUCUUUGAUGGGCUUCCAGCGGAAAAGAUUCAAGAAAUCAUCCGUAUUGCUGCUAAGUCCGUUGAGGCAAAGAACUCUACGAACACCAGUCCUGUGGCAUCUCCAGCACUGAACAGAGCUCCUUCCCUCUCAAGCACCUCAAAUGCAGCUUCUCCAGCUGCGCAGUCAUUUCCUAUUCACCCUAUUUCAUUUUGCAGAUCUGCUGCUGAUCUACCAAUUGCAAGGAGGCAUUCGCUUCAACGAUUCCUUGAGAAGAGACGGGAUAGAUUGGUCAGCAAGAACCCUUACCCUGCUUCAGACGUCAAGAAGGCAGAUGUCCCAAGUGACAAUGCUUCUAUUAAGGAGGAGUAUCCGACUGCUUAGCAGAAGAUUAACCUUCAAGGCUGUAAUAAGCUUAACGAAUAUAUCAUCAUUCCUACUAAGUGAAACGUUUAUGAUAAAUGUAUCUUCUGUGCUGCUGUGUGUUGUAUGAUAAUAUGUCUGUACACGUUUGUUAGACAAACCGAAUAUUUGUUUGCAGGUCUGGUGUGGGCAGACAUGCUUUAUCAUUUUACAUUUUCUUAACCAAUAACUCUUGAUGUUGUUUUAUUCUACUUGUUGUCUCUGUCAGAUACAAUUUGUGUGUAAUACUAAUGAAGUCUGUAUUAUUAUUGUUAUA